AUGAUAUCACCAACUACAACUGAACCUCCAACUACAACUGAACCUCCAACCACAACAUCAACUACAACAAUACCACCAACUACAACUGAACCUCCAACCACAACAUCAACUACAACAAUACCACCAACUACAACUGAACCUCAAACAUCAACUACAACAAUACCACCAACUACAACUGAACUUCCAACCACAAAAUCAACUACAACAAUACCACCAACUACAACUGAACCUCCAACAACAACGUCAACUACAACAAUACCACCAACUACAACUGAACUUCCAACCACAAAAUCAACUACAACAAUACCACCAACUACAACUGAACCUCCAACCACAACAUCAACUACAACAAGAACGUCAACUACAACUGAACCUCCGACCACAAUCAUACCAUCAACUACAACUGAAACAACUGAACCUCCAACCACAACAAGACAGUCAACUGCAACUGAACCUACAACCACAACAUCGAUAACAACUAAACCUCCAACCACAACAUCAAUAACAACUGAAUCUUCAAUCACAACAAGACCGCCGACUACAACUGAACCUCCAACCACAAUAAUACCACCAACUACAACUGAAUCUCCAACCACAAUGAUAUCACCAACUACAACUGAACCUCCAACUACAACUGAACCUCCAACCACAACAUCAACUACAACAAUACCACCAACUACAACUGAACCUCCAACCACAAUUAUACCAUCAACUACAACUGAACCUACAACCACAAUUAUACCACCAACUACAGUUGAACCUACAACCACAACAAGACCACCAACUACAACUGAACCUCCAACCACAACAAGACCAUCAACUACAACUGAAACAACUGAACCUCCAACCACAACAAGAAAGUCAACUGCAACUGAACCUACAACCACAACAAGACCAUCAACUACAACUAAACCUCCAACCACAACAUCAGUAACAACUGAAUCUUCAACCACAACAAGACCGCCGACUACAACUGAACCUCCAACCACAAUGAUACCAUCAACUACAACUGGACCUCCGACCACAAUGAUACCAUCAACUACAACUGAACCUCCAACUACAACAUUGACUACAACUGAACCUCCAACUACAACAUCGACUACAACUGAACCCCCAACCUCAACAAGACCACCAACUUCAACUGAAACAACUGAACCUCCAACCACAACAAAACCACCACCUUGUGCAUGUAGAGAUCUGAAGAGGAAAACAAGCUGGUCUUGCAAUGACUCAUGGGCAGAGGACUGCUACAAUAAGGUCUGUAAAAACGGGGCGAUAGAGCUGACUCCCGUUGAUUGUCCUGAGGUGACUAUGCCGAACUGUCCCAGAGGGCAAGUCACGAAGGUCUCAGAUGGAUGCUGUGAAACAUGGAAGUGUGACUGUAAGUGGACCUCUUAUUGUCUUUUACUUUAAUCUAUCACUGCUCCUGUUCAUUGUUGUAUGUUUGUCCCCACAGGCCGCUGUGAUUUAUAUGGAGACCCCCACUACAUCACUUUCCAAGGGGUAACCUUUGACUUUUUGGAUGAAUGCACCUACGUUCUAGUAGAGGAGCGGUCGCCACAUCAUCACCUGACCAUCGCAGUGGACAACUUCCAGUGUGUGCCGGGGCUCGAAGGCUCCUGCGUUAAAGGCGUCAUCUUAAAUUAUCAGAACAGUACAGCUACACUAAAUAUCGAUCUGUCUACGUCUUCAGUAAAGGUGAAGGAAAAUACAGUAGCUCUUUCAUAGAUUUCUCGUUCCUCAGAUUACUCAUGUGAUGGUUGUUUUUUUACUUGUCUACUCUAUCACAGGCCACUCUCAAUAACAUGAUGAUAUAUCCACCAUAUGAGGAACACAGGUGGAGGUUUGAGGUCACAGGAUACACCGUGGCCAUCUACCUACCAGAGAUCCGCUCUUAUGUUGCUCUCAGUCCAACGUAUAACCUGGUGAUCAAUCUGGCCAUGGAGCACUUCUUCAACAACACUCAAGGACAAUGUGGUGGGUUAAGAGAAACUGUGCAAAAAAAAAAAGCUGUAAAAUCAUUGAGACUGACUGCUGACCAAAUGUUACUUUCAGCUUUUGCCCACUAGAGGGCAGAAAAAGACAACAAUCCUAAAGGAACUGUAUAUAAAUGUGGAUGUUUUUACCUUCCUACGCAAACAGGAGGCAGAGAAAAAUCCCACCAAUGGGAUGUUUGGCAUAAAAAAAGCAAACUUAAAAGUGUUUUAAGUGGCUGAAACCUGUAAAAAGGGUUAAUUUUAGGUUGAUUUGAGUUGAGUUGAGCCUCCUCCGCUCCUCUUCUUUCUCUCGAGGUGUGUGUGGUGUUGGAUCCUGCAUACGUAAAGGAGGGCAGAUAGAGGAUGACUCCUGCUGUGAAAAGACAUCCUAUGAUUGGGUGUACACUAACCCACUGAAGCCGGCCUGUCUCUCUGCACCGAGGGAUGUCCCUUGCCACUCUCCGACUACUAUCCGCCCCACUAACACACCAACCUCCACCACCCCUUGCCCUGAGAGCCAACUGUGUGAGCUGCUACACCACCCGUAAGUUUUCAUGUCUUGUUUUUGCAUAUGUGUGAUAUUCUUGUAUUUUAUGAUUUUAAAAACAACCUAAUCUGUUUCUACAGAGUCUUUCUAGAGUGCGGCAAGUAUGUGGAUCUGACCAUAAAAAAGAAGGCCUGCGAGUUUGACUCAUGCAGGACUGGUGUUUGCUCCGCACUCGAGCAGGCUGCGCAGGAGUGCAAGAGAGCUGAUUUCUGUGUUGAAUGGAGAAAUUUGACUGAUGGAAACUGUGGUAUGAACCUUCUGCUCACUUGAGUUUUCUUCUACUACGUUUUUAGAGCCGACCUGACUAAAAAAAGCUGAUAUUGUUGUUUCAGACUGGUCCUGUCCAGAAGGACUCAUUUACAGAGAGUGUCAGAACAAGCUGGAUGACUUCUGCUUUGGAGGGUUUGUCCAGUUCAUCAAUAUCCUCCUGGUUUUGUGACAUUUAUUACCACUUUGCAUAGUCCAAACUGUUUUACAGUUUUUAUGCAUGUUCUGGUUUGGCUUCACAGAGUGCAGCAUCCAGGAGCCUCCAUCAGGAGCAACAGCGCUGGCUGUUUUUGCCCCCGUAGCCUGAUGAGAGCAGGAAACCACUCAAACAUCUGUGUAUCGGAGUGUCCCUGUGAGUAUCACAACCUGGGAGGCUGUCACCGAACAUCCACAGAGCAGCUUUUUCAGGUUUUUAUGGUCUGAAAAAGUGCUGAUAAAAAGUUUUUUCUUCCAACUUAGCUUGUAAAGGACCACUUGGUGAGCCAAAACUGGUAAGGGACCCUUUUUUAAGAGCCAAAGCAUGUGCCCAUUUUUCCUUUUCUUGUCUGAAUUUUACAUGUCUCUCAGCCUGGAGAGGUGUGGCGGUCUGGAUGUCACCUGUGUACAUGCAACAACCAAACUCAGACAGAGGAUUGUUCUCUGAAACCUCUCAAUCCCCCUCCCACCUGUGGCCCAAAUGCUGAAUUAGUCAACACUUCCUGUUGUGGUGAUCUGACAUGCGGUAAGUCCACAUUUACAUUUGAAAUAGUUGUAAAAUAGCUCAUAAAUUUGGUCUUUUGUCUUUGGUUGUUUUUAAUUCCCAUGUUGUAUUUCAGUUGAGAAGACAUGCACACAUAAUGGACGAACAUAUAAGGUAUGUUGUUCAUGUCUUAUCUCAGAAAAGUGUCUUUUUAGUCAUUUUGAGUCCUAAAUCUGUCUUUUUUUUACAGGUGGGAGACAGAUGGAAGGAUGUCCACCAUCCCUGCAUGUCAUUCACUUGUGACAAAGACGGUAUCCAGUCCGAGACCAAAGUCUGUCCUACAGAAACCUGUCAGGAGGUACUGAACAGCUGAUUCCAACUCUCAGCAUCUAAAACUCUAAAUCUUGAAAAACUGCAGUGUGUGUUUUUUAAAGCUCUUGUGAGGAACUUUGAAUUAGUGUCAGCUUUGGUGCCCCCCUGUGGACAGAGCAGUAUUUGCUAAUAACAACAAAUCUCUUCCUGUUGGUUUUUGACAGUCAAAUGUCUCUUUCAUUGUGAAUAUAAAGUGAGAAUUGUAAAAUAGGAGUGUGUCCACAGCUGCAAGGCUUGGAUUUAACCCCUCACAUGGGUAUCAAACAAAAAAAUUAGUUGUUUAUCAUUGCUUUUUUUUGUUAUUGUCAUCAUUUUAAGGCAUCACUGUGAAUUUCAGUCAAUUUCAUUAACAUGAAAGACUCCUCACAGUAGCUUUAAGUGUUUUCUUAGCACAGUCCAGAGCUUUUCUCUGAAACUUAUCGCAUAAAUUGUAAAUAACUUUCACAAAAGCAGAAAAACUUUCCAAAAUGAACGAUCCAAACAAGAACUAACAUUGAGGACUUUUGAUAUACUCAACAGGAGGACAGAGUUUGGGACGAUCAACACUGCUGCUUCACAUGUGAGUCAAGUCACAAAGCGCCAUAUCAGCCUAAUCAUCGCUUUCAUGAUCCUUUAGUAUUUUACGUUUAAUAUCUUUUCUUUAAAAUUUAAUCAUUUGUUGUCUGUGUUGAUCUCACCCUCAUGAAUCUGCUCUGUCUCUAGGUAAACAAAGUUGUGUCCCAAAGGUGACCAGCAUCAGCAUCACCAUAGACAACUGCACCGCCGUCAUAGAGAUGCCUGUGUGUCAGGGCCAGUGUGUUUCACAGCCCUGGUAAGAGGAAAAAUACCAGAUACUGAUUGGUUGGCAUGGAUACAGUCAAAUUUGACACACUUUUAAGUAUUGUUUUUAAUCUCCCCUCCCUCUCCUCUGCCUCUCUGCACACUGCACCAGGGUUGUGUUUCACGGUGACCUGCAGGUGGAGCAGGAGUACCAGUGCUGUCAGGAGCAGAGUUCAGAGAGGAGAAUGGUGACCCUGCAGUGCUUCGACCGCCGUGCCAGACAAUAUGCCUACAAACACGUCACCAGCUGUGAGUGCAGAGCCUGCGGCAUGUUGAGCGAAAAAUGA